CCACCCCACAGUCUGGCUUGAUGGGGAAGUGUCGUCGGCCCCGCACAGCCUUCACCAGCCAGCAGCUCCUGGAGCUGGAGAACCAGUUCAAGCUCAACAAGUACCUGUCCAGACCCAAGCGCUUUGAAGUGGCCACGUCGCUGAUGCUCACUGAGACGCAGGUGAAGAUCUGGUUCCAGAACCGGCGCAUGAAGUGGAAGCGGAGCCGCAAAGCCAAGGAGCAGGGGGCUCAGGCGGAGCCCGAGAAGCAACGAGGGCUCAGCAAAGCCUGCGAGAAGCUGCUGCCUG